AUGGCUCCUAUCACCAAGACUCUCGCCCUCGCUGGCGCUUUCUUCGCCUUGACUGGCUACUCGGCUCCCGUCGCCAAACGCGCCGUCGUUUGGGAGACCGUCACCGAUGUCGUUUGGACCACCAUCGAUGUGACCACCACCAUCUACCCUCAGUCCACUACCAGUGCUGUCGUGCCUGUGGUUGCCACCGCCGUCCCUACCACUACCGCUGUUCCUGCUCCUGUUGUUGUAGCGUCCACCAAAGAGCAGGAGGCUGCACCCGUUACCACCUCGACCACCUCCUCCGUCGCUACCACCACUGCUGCCGCUGUUCCUACUGUGGCCCCUGUCAAGGAGGAGGCUGCGCCCACCACCUCGUCCACCACUACUGCUGCCGUUGUCCCUACCGUUGAGGCCAGUGUUCAGGAGGCUGCACCAACCACCACCUCCUCCACUGUCCCCACUACCACUGCCGCUCCCCUUGCUAUCACCCUGGAGGCCGAUGCCUACUCCGCUCCCACUACCACUGCAGCGGCUGAGACAUCUUCCACCGCUGCCUCUACUGCUACCCGUGCUGCCAGCGUCGAUGUUAGCAGCAGCGGCGGCGCUUGCUCUGAAGGCUCCCCUUGCGACGGUGACAUCACCUUCUACGACACUGCCACCACUUCCACCAACCCCAGCUCCUGCGGCACCACCAACGAUGGUACCGUCGAGAACGUUCUCGCCCUGCCUCACGGUAUCAUGACCGACAGCGACUGCGGCAAGACCGUCACCAUCACAUACAAUGGCCAGACCGCUACCGGUACUGUGGUCGACAAGUGCAUGGGUUGCGACAACAACUCCGUCGAUCUGUCCCGUCACUUCUUCGGCGAGCUGGCCCCCAUGGACAAGGGCCGUGUUUCCGGUGCCAAGUGGUACAUCAACUAA